AUGCCCACCUCUCUGUCUCUCUCAGGUGAAGCUGACCUAGAACACUACAGGCAGAUUCUCACCGAUACGGUUGCCAAAUGUAUGUCAGAAAUGAUUAGUGUGAAGGAGAGGAGAAGAACCUCCUUGGCUGACAUUAGGGGACAGAUAAACAACAUAUUUAAAGGCAAGGAAGAGAAUGAAAAUGACUCCUGUGAAGGCACUGUUAUUGAAGGCUUCUGUUCGAUGUCUGUCCGCAGGUCAGGUUGCCCAGUAGGAAGCCAUGCUUGGAUAUUAAUAGCCAUGUUUCAACUAGCCAUGGAUUUCACCAUCUGUGAAUCUGUAGCCCAAGGCCAAGGGUUUAGGCUCCUGCAAAGGCCUUCUCACUGGCAUAGAUUGUCCCAUAGUCCUCUGUGGAGUUUUAAAAAUGGACAGCAACUGAGGAUUCCUGGCCCUUUUUGGAACCAUGUUUCUUCUCAUCCUGAACGAUCUCAUGGGCAAAUACAAACAUAUCAUUCAAAAAGGCCACACAAAGCCACAGACCAGUUAGCAGGCCUUCUUUAUAAAAGCAUGCAGUCCAAGCAUUCCGCUACUGCAAAAUCAGCCCCUUCUGUUGUAGAUGGGAGCAGCAGGAGUACAGACCAGCAGACUCAUUUGAAAAGGGGGAAAAGGCACCUCCGAGGAAGCAAUUUUGAUCACAGAGACAGCAGGCCCACCACGGUGCCUGAAGUAAUUGUAUGGGGCCCAACAGGGGAAGAGGACUCCAUAGAAACCAGUACGUUCCCUGGGAAUUAUGGCACCACCACAACUUCUGCUUUACAAACCAGAACGACUACUGUGGCAACCACCACCACCACUACUUCCACCACUGUACAGUCUAAGGGGUUCACAGCAUCACCUGUGCCAGGGCUUAACACACACAAGAACAACCCUGGCAGGAUUAGCACAACGGAACCCUACACCAGCCACAAGAGCAAUGGAAAAGAAGCCCGUCCACCUAAGAUAAUGGGAGACACUACAGGUCUGGCAGUCCAUCAGAUCAUCACAAUCACAGUGUCCCUCAUCAUGGUCAUAGCUGCUCUGAUAACAACUCUGGUCUUAAAAAAUUGUUGUGUGCAAAGUGGAAACACACGGCGGAACAGCCACCAACGCAAAAUCAAUCAGCAGGAAGAGAGUUGCCAGAACUUGACAGACUUCACCCCAGCCCGUGUGCCCAGUAACCUGGACAUAUUCACAGCCUACAAUGAAACACUACAGUGCUCCCACGAGUGCGUCAGGACACCAAUGCCAGUGUAUACAGAGGAGAUGUUACACUCGCCCGGUGAUUAUAAAACAACGUUCAAUGGAAACAGGAGGAGGAUUUUCACUAUUGAUUGGUGCAGAGAUUUUCCAGAAUUGCUCCGCACAGUAAAUGUAUGUUUGCUGUCAAAGCUAGAAAACAAUUUAUUGGAAGUGAAAAAAUAA